AUGACGUCUCAAUCGUCAGAUCUCAUUCCGACUGAUUCAAUAACUAUCGUCAAAACACGAAAAUCGUAUAAAUUCAACAACACGAGCGAGUUAAAAUUUCCGAGAAUAAAACUCUUGUGGCGAUCGAAGCUUUCGAUUUUAUACCUAGGUAUCGAUUUAUAUGUCAUAGGGUCGACGAUAUCGACGACUAGUCUUGUAAUUAAUUUGUCAACAACAACAACUACAUUCGAAUUUUGUAAUGUUGCCAAUUGUCGCGAAGUGGUUUUGUCUUAUAUUCCGCGAAAAUGA